CGACCUUCGACCGGCCGACACCAACUGGUGUUUUCGACAGAUCGACAGAUAGCUGACUGGCUGGAAGACUGACUGACUGACUGACUGAACGAAUGAAGGAUGAUACAUGUGCAUUAUUACGUGAUUUUGUCGGUUUGAAUGAACGAAUGUCUGCCAGAGUUUUAUACGAAUGCAUUGUGUACAUACAGUGUGCUGGUGGUCGAUGGGUGUUCAUACGUACAGCUGCUAGCGGUUAUUAUGAAAUCUAUCUUCACUCAUGAUAAUUUCCCUUCUGUCUCGCCUGCCUUCCUGCCUGCCUGUUGAUGCACGUGUGCGUGUGGUGACUGCCCCUAGUUGAUGCAAUCGAUACAUUGGUUCAUCCGUCGUUUGCCUGCCUGCCUGCCUGCCUGCCUGCAAUGGGGCAGUGUACAUGGGGCAGAGUGAGUGUACGUGUUAGAAUGGCUGGGUGAUGGCUGCAGCCAGACCCAUGAUGGCGUGUCCACGUCGCCAAGACCCAUGCAUCCAUCAAUCCAUCCAUCCAUCCAUCCGUCCACCCAUCGAACAUUCAUUAGUUGGACUGUAAAAAAAGUGCAAACACCAACACACACGUCUCCCUCUGUUCCCACCCUGUGCACGCGCCGCGCCCCAUGCGACUGGGUCGGGUCGGCUACUAAAGGAAUCACUACCUACCUACCGCACCCAUGGUCGACUUAACGCUGUGCACGUCAAUUUCCCACCGACCCAUCCAUCCAUCAAUCCAUACGCGCAUCGACACAUGCAGUCUGGUGUGCACUCAGAGAGAGAGCGAGAGAGAGAGAGAGAGAGAGGGGGAAGGGGACGGAGAGAGAAGACGAGGGGCAACACGGACAACACACGAUGGCUGCCUGUUCUCAAAAACAGCAGAUAGAGAUCGAUUAAAGCACGGUGCGAUCAGUAUCCACGGCAAAAGGUACCAAAAAAGAGCCCAUUGCUUCUUUUCUGCCCGUAAAUGAAUUACACAAAACUACGUUUCCCGCCGGCCUCGCUCUCAAGGUGCGCCAUACGAUACACGGCGCGUUAUGUGUCGACUUGGCGAUAUGGGACUUAUAUCUACGUAUGCAGCCAUGCAUGUGUGUCGUUGGCGCCUCGGCUGCUGACACAGCCCUUCCCAUGCAUACACACAGACAUGCACACAGGCAGACAGGCACAGCAUCCAGCGUUUUCUGGAGUAUCCAUGUACGCUUCGUGCACACACACACACACACACACAGAGAGAGAGAGAGAGAGACGCCCGCCCUGUAUAAGUCGCAGAAAACGGUGAGCAGGGAACUGCCCUUUCUGCCUGGCUAACUGUCUCUUUCAUCCUGCCUUCUUGUCGUUUGUUUCGAAGCACCUUGUCUCCACACUUCAUCCUCGCCCUGCCCGCACGCAGACACAGACACUUCCUGACGCACAAACAACAUACACAAACGCACCACUGGCUCAGCCGCGGACUGAACCAAAACCGCCGCCUGCUACAGCUGCACACACCGCCCCCGUCUCUUCACUACGUUUUCCAGCCCCCCACCAUAGCCGACUACAUUGAUUGAGAGUCAAUGAGAGGCACCCACGAACAUUCACCUGGUGCUACCCGACGGGCGAGCCAUUGAAACACGCGCAUACACAAGUCAGUCACAAAACAGGUAUGGAUGGCAUGAGGGUCAGGGUCCCUCUUGGUAUCCUUCGCUGCGUCUCGCCUCGGAGGUCCCCGUUGUGGUGCUCGUAGCGACUGACGACCGGCGUUCGGCGAUGCCCUUCAGUGUUGGCGUCAGGGGCGGAGUGACGGUGGUGGGUGUGGUGCCGCCGGUGCGGCUGCGGCGCAGGCGUCUCGUGCCCAGAAUCUGCGUGUAGCGCAUCCUCAGCCGCGUGCGGAGCUUGCGGAGGCUCGGCCGCUGGGCGACGCUGCCGCCCUCAUCGUCGGUGUCGAUGUCCUCCCCCAGGUUGGCCAU